CACAGACGCCCAGGGCCCAUGGAAGAGCCAUGUCCAGGGCAGCAUUGGCAGGAAAGGUCAGCUGCUGAGCCGGACGUGUCUCCAGGAGGCUACCGGGAUCCCGCCUCCUGCCAUGGGCCACCCAGGCUGACCAGCCAAUUCCACCGCAGGCUCCAGGUGGGAUCUGGGGACACCAUGCCCCGCACCCACAACUGCCCGCUGCUGCUCCUCCAAGGUGCCCCCAGGCAGCGCAUCUGCAUGAUGUUCAUCAUCGGCUUCAAGUUUACCUUCUUUGUUUCCCUCCUGAUCUACUGGCACAUCGUGGGAGAGCCCGGAACCCCCGGGCAGCCCUACCGCCUGCCGGCUGACUUCCCCUGCCCACACCUGGCGCCCCCCAUGCCACCCCCCAGGGGCCCGGAUCCGGGCAACAUCUUUUUCCUGGAGACCUCCGACCGGACGAACCCCAACUUCCUGUUCAUGUGCUCCGUGGAGUCGGCGGCCAGGGCCCACCCCGAGUCCCAGGUGGUGGUCCUGAUGAAGGGGCUGCUGGGCGUCAACGGCUCCCUGCCGCGGCACCUGGGCAUCGCGCUGCUCAGCUGCUUCCCCAACGUGCGGCUGCUGCCGCUGGACCUGCAGGCGCUGUUCCGCGGCUCGCCGCUGGCCGCCUGGUACCCGGACACGCUCCGCCGCUGGGAGCCCUACCUGCUCCCCGUGCUCUCGGACGCCGCGCGCCUGGCGCUGCUCUGGAAGUUCGGCGGCGUCUACCUGGACACGGACUUCAUCGUGCUCCGGAGCCUGCGGAACCUGAGCAACUCGCUGGGCGUCCAGUCCCGCUACGUGCUCAACGGGGCCUUCCUCGCCUUCGAUCGCCACCACAAGUUCCUGGCCAUGUGCAUGCGGGACUUCGUGGCCCAGUACAACCGCUGGGUCUGGGGCCACCAGGGCCCGCAGCUGCUCACGCGCGUCUUCAAGAAGUGGUGCGCCAUACGCAGCCUGCGGGAGCAGGCGCGCGGGACCUGCCGGGGCGUCACCGCUCUGCCCCGCGAGGCCUUCUACCCCAUCCCCUGGCAGAACUGGAAGAGGUACUUCGAGGAUGUGCGCCCCCAGGAGCUGGAGCGCAUGCUCAAUGCCACCUACGCCGUCCACGUGUGGAACAAGAAGAGCCAGGGCACGCACUUACAGGCCACAUCCCAGGCGCUGCUGGCCCAACUGCACGCCCGCUACUGCCCCACGACGCACCAAGCCAUGAAGAUGUAUUUGUAGGCUUGCCCAGCCAGGCCAAGCCCUGGCUAAGCUGGCGCAGCCCUGGGCCAGAGGCAAGCGGGGUGGAGAGGCGAGGAGCCCCAGUCCCAGUAGGUGUG